AUGGCAGCGCUGCCAGAGGAGCUGAACGAGGUGGUGAAGGCAGAUCCUGAACCGCAUGCGGAGAUUAAAAGCGAGCCUUUGGGAGGGAAUGAUGCCGACAAUAUUCUGGGUAACGGGAAUGGGGUUUCACCCAAAGCAGCUAGUCCUCAGACAGCUGAUCCCCAACCAUGUAUCUCCGCUACCCCGCAGCCCGGAUCGGAGGGUUUUGACCGGCAGACCCUGCUGGCCGUGCUGCAGUUCCUCAAGAAGAGUAACCUGAAGGAGUCCGCGGACAUCCUAAAGCGGGAGACCGGUUUGGCAGACGCGGAUGACGUGUCCUCACUAAGUCCGGAGCAAGGUGGAGAGGUGGACGGGACUGAGCAGAGCCUGCUGAGCCGGGUUACUGGUGCCACAGGGAAUGCAGGGCUGGUGUCUGGUGCGGCUAGCGGAGCUUCAGCCUCUGCCACCGCUGCCAGUGCGGGCUCCGGAAAAGGUUCCUUAAGUAGUGGACCACAGGACCAGCCAGACGUUAGUGCGGUUCUGUCGGCCUACACGCAACAAGGAGAUCCAGCCCUCUAUCAGGAUUACUACAGUGGUCUGAAGAAAUUCAUUGAAUCCGUUUUGGAUUGUCAUCGUGCAGAGCUUUCUCAGUUAUUCUACCCCCUGUUUGUGCAUAUGUAUUUGGAACUUGUAUAUAACCAGAAUGAAAAUGAAGCCAAAGCUUUCUUUGAAAAGUUUCAUGGGGACCAGGAAUGCUAUUAUGAAGACGACCUUCGUAUUUUAGCCAGCCUGUCGAAAAAAGAGCAUAUGAAAGGUAACGAGACCAUGCUUGAUUUUCGAACCAGCAAGUUUGUCCUCCGGAUCUCUCGUGACUCCUACCAGUUGCUAAAGCGACAUCUACAGGAGCGACAGAACAAUCAGAUUUGGAGCAUUGUUCAAGAGCACCUGUACAUAGACAUCUUUGAUGGAAUGCCACGCAGCAAGCAACAGAUUGAUGCCAUGGUGGGCAGUUUAUCUGGAGAAGCCAAACGAGAAGCUAAUAAAACAAAGAUAUUUUUUGGACUGCUGAAAGAGCCAGAGAUUGAAGUACCCUUAGACGAUGAAGAUGAGGAAGGAGAAAACGAAGAAGGCAAGCCAAAGAAGAAAAAGCCUAAGAAGGAUAGUAUGGGAUCAAAAAGCAAGAAGCAGGACCCUCAUGCUCCUCCACAAAAUAGGAUUCCUCUUCCAGAACUGAAAGACUCUGACAAACUUGAUAAGAUCAUGAUUAUGAAGGAAGCCGCAAAACGUGUACGACUUGGCCCUGAAAGCUUGCCGUCCAUUUGUUUUUACACAUUCCUUAAUGCGUAUCAGGGACUUACUGCAGUGGAUGUAACGGAUGAUUCCAGCCUUAUUGCCGGAGGAUUUGCUGACUCAACUGUACGUGUGUGGAGUCUCACACCUAAGAAAUUGCGCAGUGUUAAAUCAGCAACAGAUCUGAGCCUUAUAGACAAGGAAUCUGACGAUGUGUUGGAGCGCAUCAUGGAUGAGAAAACUGCUGGUGAAAUGAAGGUUCUUUAUGGACAUAGUGGUCCUGUUUAUGGAGCCAGCUUCAGUCCAGACAGAAAUUACCUGCUUUCAAGUUCAGAAGAUGGAACCAUCAGGCUAUGGAGUCUUCAGACAUUUACGUGCUUAGUUGGUUAUAAAGGACACAAUUAUCCAGUGUGGGACGCCCAGUUUUCUCCGUAUGGUUAUUACUUUGUCUCUGGAGGCCAUGACCGGGUUGCUCGUUUAUGGGCUACAGACCAUUAUCAGCCUCUACGUAUCUUUGCUGGUCAUCUUGCUGAUGUAAUAUGCACGCGUUUUCACCCAAACUCAAAUUACAUUGCCACGGGUUCAACUGACAGAACUGUCAGGGUAUGGGAUGUAUUAAAUGGGAAUUGUGUUCGAAUCUUCACUGGACAUAAGGGACCAAUUCACUCAAUGGCUUUUACACCAAAUGGGAAGUUUCUUGCAACUGGAGGUUCAGACGGGAGAGUUCUUCUGUGGGAUAUUGGCCAUGGUUUGAUGAUUGGAGAGUUAAAGGGUCACACAAACACAGUCUAUGCACUUAAAUUUAGCAGAGAUGGGGAAAUCCUAGCAUCAGGUUCUAUGGACAAUACAGUUAAAUUAUGGGACUCUACAAGAGCUUUUGAAGACUUGGAGACGGAUGAUUUUACAAGUUCAACUGGGCAUAUAACCUUACCAGACAAUUCCCAUGAGUUAAUGCUUGGGUCCUUUUUGACUAAAUCUACUUCCGUUGUACACCUGCACUUCACCAGGAGGAACUUACUACUUGCUGCAGGAGCAUAUAGUCCAUAAAGCUAUAAAUGCACUUUGACUUUUGGAAAUGUGAAUUAAAAGUUCACCUAGCAUAAAGUUUUCUUGUCCCAUAAAAAGAAAAAGGCACUGUUUCUCAGAAGCUUGUGGGAUUGAGAGGUUAAGAGGCUGCAUUCUCAUUACUUUCAGCUGCUCUCUUUCAACAUCACUGUGCAGGCCUUGGGGGCGAGGAACAGUUUUAAUAACUUGUGGUAAAAAGCGCACUGCUACAGUUCGAUCCUCCAAAUGGAAGCAACUAAAGCAUUGUAGUAGCCUUAGUGGAUAAAGGGAAAGUACAGCGGAGAAAAACAAACACCUUUCCUAUAGAUUGUGAUCACGUUUGUGCCUGGGAGUCUUUACUAGAGAACAAGGAAAACACCAGUAACGAGAUACUAAUUCAAACAUAAAAUGCUCUAAUUCAUUAGUUUUCUGCGCACUAGUGUUGGUUGCUGUAAUCACUUGUAAACCCCCACAAACAAUGAUUGGUGGCUAUGUGCAUAUGCUCUUAAAUGGCUUGCUGGUCAUGCCCUGCUCAGGAGCUGAAUGGCGUUGCUGAACAUUCGCUAUUAACACAGAAAGGGACACUAGUGCUAAAACAUGCUCUAAUGAAUUUAGAUCAUUUACAUGAGUCUCCCUUCUCAAUGUGCAGCGAUUGUCAGUCUACCUUUUGAAACGUUGUGUCCAUAUACACAACAUCUAUGUCGAUGCAUAAAUGCUAUUGUGAUUAUUUACCACCUAUUGCACAGAAUCUGUGCCAUUAAUGUCCUAGAAGAACAGGUCCAGGUGUUAACAUGAAUAGUAACCAUACCACUUUAUCAGGGCAUUCUGGGUUUACAAUUUGAACCUCCGCCGUCAUCUUUAGUUGCUAUACACCAUACUACAUGUAAGUUUCUGAACAGACCAAUAAUACUGAACUAUUAACUUUCUACCUCUUCAAGCAGCUUAACCACAAGUCAACUCUUAGGCUACAUACUAAUGCUGGAGCAAUAAUGAUAGCAGAAUGUGCUUGUUUUAAAUAGGGACAGACAUCAAGGUGACAAGUUACAGUGAAGAUUUAUUUAAAUAUAUACCUCCAACAGUGCUAUGCUGAACUGUUAAGUGAAUUACAGGUGGGACAUCACUGCCUCCUUUUGUACAGGUUUGUUUUUUUUUUUAAACAAUUUUGUAAAUAAAAGAAUACAAGUCCACAAAACUUAUUUUAUUGUCAA